AUGUUCGUCCAGCGCAGCCGCCCGUGGGUCUGGGCCUUUCUCGCCCCGCUCCUCUGUCUGUUUCUUUCCGGUCACGCAGCAAGUCUCAGCAGCCCCAGUUUCGACCUGGCGCCGAAAAACAUCGUCAUCGUGUCCGUGCCUGCAUCCGGGCAUGCCAAUCCCUUGGUCGUCCUCGCCUAUGAGCUUGCAGACCGCGGCCACAACGUAACCUUUGUCACCAGCGUCAGCUACAAUAUCCUCGAAUAUGCCCGCAACUCGACCAUCCACUUCCACCGCUUUGUGGAAUCCCUCCCGUUCAGCGAAAACAUCAACGAGGUUGCCAAACUCCAAUCAACGGACGGAGGGUUUGUCACCAGAGUCAUGGCACACACGAAGGCUGUCGGGCUCGCUGCCCGGGUGAUGACUCCGUACCAGUAUGAUAUCAUCAAGGAAGUUGUGACAACCGUCAAGCCCGGCACAGUCGACUUGAUCAUUGGCGAUGUCUUUUCGGCACAGGCAGCAGAUAUCCUCAGCCAAGUGCUCGGAACCUUGUGUAUCUGCCACUAUUUUUCGAUCACCACGACUUACUACAAUCCCCGCAAUGUGUUUGUCGAGAACCUCUACUUGACUAUAUACGACGGCGGCGCCGAUCCUGUCAUGACGACAAUGUCGGUUCUGAAGCGUCUUCCGGGAAAGGCAUUCUUGCAGUUUGUCAGUGGCCUUCGGCUGAAGGCCCGUCGUCAGCUCUACGAGAAAGCAAAGGCCGAGCUCGCCCAGUAUCUGCCUGCGACCGAGAAGCCGGCCCAGCCCAUUAUCAGUCUCGUCAGCAAUGCCUGGGGAUUCCAUCCCGCACAGCUCGCUGUCCCAAGCACACGCAUGGCCGGCAUCUGGGUUCCUGAGGCACAGAGCCUGGAUGUUCAGCCCGACCUGAAGCACUGGCUCGACGGCGCCAGCCGCCCUGUAGUCUACGUCUCGACCGGCACUGUCGCCCACCCCUCGAACGAGACGCUGCUGGCAUUCUACGAGGCAUUCAGUGCCGCGACCGAGUUCCAGACCCUGUGGUCGCUCAAGAAGGUGUUCCAGAACAACCUGAGGGAACUGCUCGGCGACCAGGAGUGGCCCGAACAUGUCCGGAUCGAGAGCUUCGUGCCGCAGCUUGCCGUGCUUGACCACCCCGCAGUCCAGAUCUUUUUCACCCACGGCGGCUGGAACAGCGUCUCCGAGGGUCUCUGGACGGGCACGCCGAUGCUUGGAAUGCCAUUCUUUGGCGACCAAACUUACAAUGUGGCUCAAACGGUUCGUCUUGGCCUCGGCCUCAUGAUUGACAAGAACAUCAUGAGCUCACCCGACAAGGCUGCCACGAUCCAGUUGAUCCAGGACAAGCUCCACACCAUCCUGCGCGACCCAUCCUUCUCAAGCCGCUCCAAACACUUCCAAAAGACAUUCCAGGUCAUGGGCGGCGUCAAGAAGGGCGCCAACAUUGUUGAGGAGAUCCUGGCCAUCGGCGAUACCACUGUCUACAGCUUCCCCGACAACACCAACGCCGUCAUGGCGGCCAUGGCCAUCCUCGGACUGGUCGGUGCUGCCGUGACUUUCGGGAUCUACCGACUGGGCGCCUGGGGACUCGGACGACUGCUCAAGAAGCGCACGCCAUCGGCCAAGGCCAAGGCCGAGUGA